AGGCCCAGCAACGGGUUCGUCAUUCCAUUUGUUGUUGAGUUAGGGCGCCAACGAGGACCCACACGAGAAAGCUCUAUACAAAGAUCGAGUUUGAUUUACAUACGUUUGUUGGCCGUAAGAACUUAACUACCUACCAAAAUGUGUGACGAUGAUGCGGGUGCUCUUGUUAUUGACAAUGGGUCUGGUAUGUGCAAAGCCGGCUUCGCUGGUGAUGAUGCGCCCCGUGCCGUAUUCCCCUCAAUUGUCGGCCGACCACGUCAUCAGGGUGUGAUGGUGGGUAUGGGUCAGAAAGAUUCCUAUGUUGGUGAUGAGGCGCAAAGCAAAAGAGGUAUACUCACGUUGAAAUAUCCGAUUGAACAUGGAAUCAUUACAAAUUGGGAUGAUAUGGAGAAAAUCUGGCAUCAUACCUUUUACAAUGAAUUGCGUGUCGCACCCGAAGAACAUCCAGUAUUAUUGACUGAAGCGCCACUCAACCCAAAAGCGAAUCGUGAAAAGAUGACUCAAAUUAUGUUUGAGACAUUCAACUCACCGGCCAUGUAUGUGGCCAUUCAAGCCGUACUCUCCUUGUACGCUUCCGGUCGUACAACCGGUAUCGUAUUGGACUCUGGUGAUGGUGUAUCCCACACUGUACCCAUCUAUGAAGGUUUCGCUUUGCCACACGCUAUUCUGCGUCUCGAUUUGGCCGGUCGUGAUUUGACCGAUUAUUUGAUGAAGAUCUUAACUGAGCGUGGCUAUUCGUUCACCACCACGGCUGAGCGUGAAAUUGUGCGUGAUAUUAAGGAGAAAUUGUGCUAUGUUGCUUUGGACUUUGAACAGGAAAUGGCCACUGCCGCUGCAUCCACCUCAUUGGAGAAGUCGUAUGAAUUGCCUGAUGGUCAAGUGAUCACAAUUGGCAAUGAACGUUUCCGUUGCCCAGAGGCAUUGUUCCAACCCUCGUUCUUGGGUAUGGAAUCGUGCGGUAUUCACGAGACUGUCUACAAUUCAAUAAUGAAGUGCGAUGUGGAUAUCCGUAAGGACUUGUAUGCCAACUCGGUGUUGUCUGGCGGUACCACCAUGUACCCAGGUAUUGCUGAUCGUAUGCAAAAGGAAAUCACUGCCUUAGCGCCAUCGACCAUUAAAAUCAAGAUCAUUGCACCACCUGAGAGAAAGUACUCCGUUUGGAUUGGUGGUUCCAUCUUGGCUUCCUUGUCUACCUUCCAACAGAUGUGGAUCUCCAAACAGGAAUACGACGAGUCUGGCCCUGGCAUUGUGCACCGCAAAUGCUUCUAAAUCUUUUGAUAGUGAACGAAGGCGAAAGGCUUGAGUAAACACACUGCAGCAUAAUGAUUAACAACAAAAAAAGAAGACCAGCAGCAGUGAGAUAUUACAACUCAAGCUAAAAGAACAAUCGAAUUUGGAAUACUUCAUUACACAACUACAACAAAAAUAAUGUGUAUAUGCACCCUCCACUCAAAGUAUAAAUAACAACAACAGCUACAAGCAUAUUGCUAAUAAAGCUCCAAGCCUAGCGAAGACAAGAACCUCAAGAUGAUUAAGAAUAAGACCAGUACACAACGAAAGCAUCUGGAUAAGCACAGAUGCGUCAUCCGUUGCCGAUUCUUGAGCAUAAACGCGCGUUUGCGCGUACAAUUUUCACACUAUUUCUAGUUCCGGAUUUUAUAAUAUAAAAUUUGUGUAAAACUGAAAUUGUAAUUUUAAUUUUAAAAUUUAUCAAAAGAGGCAGACGAAAACCAAGUUAAAUGUAAAUUCAAAAA